GCAACCAAGCUGCUGUGCUGCGGUAACAUACGAUUACUAGCCUAUGCUUACCCUGGGUGUCAGUUCUGGUCACACGUUUUGAGCAUUUAUAGUCGUCAACGGUCUCUUCAAUGGCAACUCCGAAGAAAGUCUGCAUUAUUGGUUCUGGCAAUUGGGGCUCUGCCAUUGCCAAGAUAGUGGGUGCCAAUGUUGCUCAGAACUCCAAAUUUGACAGCACUCUGACCAUGUGGGUGUUUGAGGAGAUGGUGGAUGGUCGCAAGCUGACAGAGAUCAUCAACGCUGACCAUGAGAAUGUCAAGUACCUGCCUGGACAUAAGUUACCCUCCAAUGUGUUGGCCGUUCCUGAGCUGUUGGACGCUGCCAAGGAAGCAGACAUCUUGGUGUUUGUGAUCCCCCACCAGUUCAUCGGCCGGGUGUGUGACACACUGAGGGGGAAGAUAAAGAGCGACGCACUUGGAAUGUCCCUCAUCAAGGGUGUAGAUGAGGGUCCUGAUGGAUUGAAGCUCAUCUCCGAUGUGAUUCAGGAGAAGCUGGGCAUCACCAUGAGUGUGCUGAUGGGGGCCAACAUUGCCAAUGAAGUCGCCGAUGAGAAGUUCUGUGAGACCACUAUUGGAUGUAAGGAUAAAGAACAUGGUUCCUUGCUGAAGGAACUCAUGCAGACCAGUAAUUUUCGGGUCACAGUGGUGGAGGAGUCAGAUGUGGUUGAAAUCUGUGGAGCACUGAAGAACAUUGUAGCUGUGGGGGCGGGCUUCUGUGAUGGCCUGGGCUUUGGGGACAACACCAAGGCAGCUGUGAUCCGACUCGGGCUGAUGGAGAUGAUCGCCUUUGCACGCAUAUUCUGCACCAACGGCCCCGUCUCCUCUGCAACCUUCCUGGAAAGCUGUGGUGUUGCCGACCUCAUAACCACCUGCUAUGGUGGCCGCAACCGCAAAGUGGCUGAAGCCUUCGUCAAGACGGGGAAAUCAAUUGAAGAGCUGGAGAAGGAGAUGCUUAAUGGACAGAAACUCCAGGGACCAGCAACAGCAGCUGAAGUCCAUGUGAUCCUAAAGAAGAAAAAUCUGACCGAAAAGUUCCCACUGUUCAAUGCUGUGUACCAGAUCUGCUACCAGGGCCACCCAGUCACGGAGUUCAUCAAGUGUUUGCAGAACCACCCGGAACACAUGUAGGCUGAUAGUCUGACCAAGUGACUGGUAAAGGAUCAAAACCAGUAACUUUUUACUACUUAGAAAGUGGAUGGGAAAAUACACACAUUUUCAUACUCCCCAGCUCCAGUGAAACAAGCUGAUUCCAAACUGACAACAUGAAGUGAGGUUAGCUGGUGUUGUAGCUGUUCUACUCUGUACUGUCCUUGGUGUUUUGUACCUCCAUCAUAAGUGCUUCCCUCCUCCUGAUUGUUUACGAGAGUACGAUGACCCAGCAUGUACUUGUUGCCACCCAAUGAGAUGCCAUUGUCCGUCCUCAACUUUUACCUCUUUUCAUUUUUGUUUAGCUUAUGUUAGUUCUGUUUAGGCUGUUUGGCUAAUCACAAUUCGUUUUUGGGAUGUUUACUUAUUAGGCUGGAGACUUGUUUCAAUCCAUAUUGUGAAAGUUUGGCUUUAUAAAACAAUUGUAAUUUACUGUAGGAAGCCGCUCUGCUCACAUGACCAUUCAUCUGAAAUCUCCUUCCUCUUAAAAUCCCACCUUGCAAACCAGUCAUUAGUUAAGAUGACAAGAUUCUAACCUUAACAGCAGUGCACCCCCUCACCAAGAACCUGCUUCACCCCGACUCUGAACCUUGUUUUUGUAAUCGGUGAUCUGAGACCAAGUGAGAUCCCCUUUUAGGAAGUGUGUAUUUUUGUUCGGCAGUUUAAAGGCCUUCUUCCUGCAUUUAUGGUCCAUUCGGCAUGUCCGCUAAGAGGAAUGGCCUUUUCUUGAAGCACACUAUUGAGCAGAACUCCCAUGGUAUGGAUUGCUGUGAGCGCUAGAUCUGCAUAUUACAUGUUAAAAAUGCAAGUGCCUUACAAUGCUAAGUGUAUUUUAAAAACAUUCCUUUAUUAUCCUUUAAUGAAGCAAUGUGUCACCACAAGGAUGCCUUUUCAAUAACAUGUUGCUUUGUAUGAAAAGGGUAUUUAAGUGUUGCUUUUUAAAUAAAGUAUUGAUUUUAGUGCCAUCAAAUGGCAGUCUUUCUUCUCCAAAGCUUUAAAUGGGCUUUUUUUUUUUAUUCAGAGCAUCUGUAAGCUCGGCACUGUAGCUUUCAUGUGGUCGGAAUAAAUUGUUGCUAUUAACAUGCAAAAGGAAGCACAUAAAGCCAUGGAACAGAGAAUAGAUGUAAUAUGGACUUUGACAGCCAAGGAAGAGGCACUGAAUAAAACAUCUAUACACAC